UUGGAAAUGGAGGGUAGGUGGCCGUUGCUUGUUCUAUAAAAAACAUUUUCGAAAGGCAAAGCCACCAAAUUCACCAACCAACCCUUCUCUCUAAUCUCUCUCUGUGUUCGUUUGCUGUGUACGAGAGAGAGAGGUAGUGAUCGAUGGCUUGGUCGUCUCUCUCAACGAAGCCAUUUCUGGGCGCCUCAAGAACCGAUGGCUUCUCCGGACUCUUUUACAUGCCUCCAUCUCUUAAUCCUUCCCCUGUACACAUCUCUAUCCGUACCCGCAAUCCAAAGAAGCUCCAGAUUCAAGCUGCUGGCAGUACAUUUGGGAAUUAUUUUCGCGUAACAACUUUUGGAGAAUCUCAUGGGGGUGGUGUUGGUUGUAUCAUUGAUGGAUGCCCUCCUAGACUUCCCCUCUCAGAAGCCGAUAUGCAAUUCGAACUCGACAGAAGGAGGCCAGGCCAGAGUCGAAUUACUACCCCGAGGAAGGAGACUGAUACAUGCCGGAUACUAUCAGGCGUUUCUGAAGGACUUACUACUGGAACGCCAAUCCUUGUACUUGUACCCAACACUGAUCAGAGAGGACAUGAUUACAGUGAAAUGUCAAAGGCUUAUAGGCCUUCUCAUGCUGAUGCAACUUAUGACAUGAAGUAUGGUGUCAGAUCCAUACAGGGUGGCGGUAGAUCUUCAGCAAGAGAAACUAUUGGAAGAGUUGCUGCUGGGGCUGUUGCCAAAAAAAUCCUUAAGACCCUUGCAGGAAUUGAGAUUCUUGCUUAUGUCUCUAAAGUUCACAAGGUUGUACUUCCGGAGGGUUUGGUUGAUCAUUACACUUUGUCACUUGAUCAGAUUGAGAGUAAUAUUGUUAGGUGCCCAGAUCCAGAAUAUGCUGAAAAGAUGAUUGAAGCUAUAGAUGCUGUCCGGGUGAGGGGAAAUUCUAUCGGCGGUGUUGUUACAUGCAUUGCGAGGGAUUGCCCAUCAGGGCUUGGCUCACCAGUCUUUGACAAACUAGAAGCUGAGCUGGCCAAAGCUGUUAUGUCAUUACCCGCAACAAAGGGCUUUGAGUUUGGCAGUGGCUUUGCAGGUACUUCUUUGACUGGCAGUGAACAUAAUGAUGAGUUCUACACUGAUGAACAUGGAAAAAUCAGGACAAGAACAAACCGCUCUGGUGGGAUACAGGGAGGAAUAUCGAAUGGGGAAAUCAUAAAUAUGAGAGUAGCUUUCAAGCCAACAGCUACCAUUGCAAAGAAGCAGCGUACAGUUGCUAGAGACAAAAAAGAGAUGGAACUAAUAGCUCGUGGUCGUCAUGAUCCUUGUGUUGUCCCACGAGCUGUACCAAUGGUAGAAGCCAUGGUAGCCCUGGUGCUUGUGGAUCAAUUGAUGGCACAACAUGCACAAUGUAAUCUGUUUCCAAUCAACCCAGAUCUACAAGAACCCUUGCUUUUGCCAAGGCAAGAUGAUGAGUACAUCGAGGACGAGGACGAGGACGAGGUCCUCGUUGAAGUGGGCACGAGACACGAGCCAUAGAUCACACGUGCGUAUGAAUGUCAACAUCAAAGGAUGGCACAACCCAUGACUUUGUGGUUGGGUGAUUGAGAGCUGCGCUUUUUAUUUGUUUGUAUUUUAGAGUAAUGCUAUAUACUGCAUUUCUAUCUUAUAUAUAUCUCACAAUGCUGAUGUAGCAGUAUCAACUAACUCUUACUCUUGGACCAGUCAUUGUCAAAAUUUUCUUAUAAUAAUUUUUUUGGUAGAAGUAAUGUAAAAUAAUAAGCCUAAGGCUCUUUUUUUCUGGAAUCUAAAGGAUCCUUGCCUUUAUUUCUCCCCACUCUAAUGCUAUUGAAUAUGGGGGUAUGGUUGUAAGAAUGUGUAUUCUCCAGAAUUGCACAACCCAGUUAACUGGUUAUUAUGAAAGGGAGUAGUUUCCGAUAA